GCGGUUACUUCUGUUGCUCGGGAUUGUCUCCCUCCAGGUGCAUUAGCACUGUGUGGCUACUGGAACUUCACCUGUGAACACCCCCGUCCCACCACCAUGGGCUUCUGGCAGGGUGUGGACAGCACGCAUUCUCAUUGGUUACAACCCUUCAAUUGGGACAAGCGCUCCAGUGUUUAAUGAGGUGAGUAGCCGGCUGCCGGGAGCAGCGUCUGUUUAGUGAGAAGAGAUUGAAGAAGGAGCCUUCUGCAAAGGAUUUACAGGAUUUACUGAGACAGAGUGCAGUAUCGUGAUGACAGAGUCGUGCUUUAUUUUGUGACCAACUUCCUUGAAGAAUGUGACUCAUACCAAAACAAGCACGAUAAGAUACUGGUUGUUAAAUAUAUUGAACUGAGCUGCUGGUUUGAUGUCCUUUUAAACAGUCUGGACUGGAAACCCAACUGUGCAGAAAGUGACUGGAAUAAAGAAGUAUUUUCUAAAAGCUGAAAGAAAAUGGAUACUUCACACAUUGCGAUCCUUGCACUAAGUCUACAGUGGCUUCUUUCUUCUGUGCUGACCUUAACCCCGGAGUGUACCAUCAUGCUGGAUAUCGAGAGGGAACGGGAGGACUGCAUGAGAACGGUGGAAUCUGAAAACAUUUCCGCUGUUUAUGGAUGCAGAGGAAUGUGGGAUAACAUCACCUGCUGGCCCUCAGCCAAGGUUGGGGAGAUGGUUCUGAGGCAAUGUCCAAUAUACUUCAGCUUUUUCUCAGAUAUGCACGGUAACGUCACGCGGAGCUGCACUAAGCAAGGCUGGGCUGACAUGCAUCCUGUCUCCUAUGCUGUGGCUUGUGGCUAUGAUGUCAACACUUCUGCUAUGGAAGAGACCCAGUUCUUUGGGACAGUGAAGAUUGGCUACACUGUUGGACACAGCUUGUCUCUAAUUUCCCUCACUGUAGCCAUGAUCAUUCUAUGUGUAUUCAGGAAAUUGCACUGCACAAGAAACUACAUACAUAUGCACCUGUUCAUGUCCUUCAUUUUGAGGGCCGUUGCUGUCUUUGUAAAGGAUGUGGUUCUUUUUGAAAGCGGAGAAUCUGAUCACUGCUUUGUUGGUUCAAUUGGCUGCAAAGCUGCCAUUGUCUUCUUCCAGUACUGUAUAAUGGCCAACUUCUUCUGGCUCCUGGUGGAAGGCCUGUACCUCCACACGCUGCUGGUGGUCUCAUUCUUCUCUGAGAGGAAGUACUUUUGGUGGUACAUUAUGAUUGGCUGGGGAGGCCCAUCAGUAUUCAUUACAGCUUGGAGCAUCACUAGAGCUUAUUAUAAUGAUAUUGGUUGCUGGGACAUUAUUGAGGCUCCAUACUGGUGGAUCAUAAAAGCACCGAUUUUGGUUUCAAUAUUGGUUAACUCUAUUCUUUUAAUCUGCAUUAUCCGUAUACUGCUUCAAAAGCUACACUCUCCAGAUGUUGGUAGGAGCGAAUCCAACCAGUAUUUAAGGCUGGCAAAAUCCACCUUGCUGCUGAUUCCUCUCUUCGGUGCUCAUUACAUCAUUUUUGCAUUUGUUCCCGACCACUUUAGAGUGGAUGUGAAGCUGAUCUUUGAGCUUAUCCUGGGUUCAUUUCAGGGCUUCGUGGUGGCCGUCCUGUAUUGUUUCCUUAAUGGAGAGGUUCAGGCAGAAAUAAAGAGGAAAUGGAGAAGGUGGCACCUGGAGAGGUUGUUAGGGACUGACACAAAGUAUCACCAUCCUUCCAUGGGAAGCAACGGAACCAACUUUACCACCCAGAUCUCCAUGCUUACGAAAUGCAGCCCAAAGACCAGAAGGACAUCAAGCCUCCAAGCAGACUCCUCACUGGUGUAACACCAGCCCAGACUCCAAGCAGACUCCUCAUUGGUGUAACACCAGCCCAGCCUCCAAGCAGACUUCUCACUGGUGUAACACCAGCAGCUGCUUUGUUCUACACUUCACUUUGUUCUUCAGUAAUCUGGUGAUGUAUUUCCUGGAUUUGACUUUGUAUUACUGUGUAUAUGGAAAUUUAUUUAUUGUACUAACAUGUCGACAUAUUUAUUAAAGCAUGAUUCAAGAAGCAGGGAAAUGAAGUUUAACUGUAACAAAAUGCCACAUGUGUCAGUCUGUGCUUUGCAGUUCAGCUCAUUUUGAAGUUUUCAAACAUAAACGCCCUUUGCUGCACUAUACGUUAUGUUUUAUAAUAGUGUUUCAGAAAAAAAUUAAAAGUUUGUGAGAUUCGUUGUCUUAUUAAAUUAUCCUGCGGAGGCCAGAUUUGUCUUUUAGAUCCCAUCAGGAAACUGUCAAAAGAAAAUGCACAGUAUCAGAAAAUGUACAGUAAAUGUGUAAAAUAUAUAUGAACUGUCACUCGCAGCUCUAUUGGGUAGGAGUUGAAUUGUCUGAACAUCUAUAUUCCAUGGUAAUACAAUCUAAUUUAACAGACAGCACCAUAAAUGUAUAGUUAACAAGUUAUUACAACCUAGAACAGGACCUGUGAGUACAACUUCUGCCCCUCCAGAAACCCAGUUUCAGAGAAGGAUUCUGACAGCUGUAAGGGAUGCAAGCCAAGAGCUUAAUGUGGUGUAGUAACAGAAAUAAUAAAAAAGGAAAAUACAGUUUUGUCAUAAUAAUUCAAGAUGCACAAGUGAGACCUUCUUGGUGUAGCAUGUGGAAGCAUACAACAGCUAAGAGAUGGGAUAAUAGCUGCUUUAUAACCCUUUAAACUGGCAAAUUACCUUUAAAAAAAAGAAUAAUACUUGAUAUAUAAUAGCUGUAACCAGGGGAAAAAUGAGUGUAGCGAGACAACCGCCUCCCUCUCUAGUAUAUAAACUUACACUUAGUCUUGGAAGACUCAUGUCUCCUUGUACACUUGAUGUGCUCUCUUCUUACUGCUUCAAUACAACAUCUGCAAUUGAAACCCAAUAAACCAGCAGGUGCUGACAUGCAUCAUAGUGUAUGGGAUUACAAUAGCUGUUAUUUAUCAUAGUGUAUGGGAUUACAAUAGCUGUUACUUAAUAGAGUGUAAAAUAAAUAGGCUGAACAAACUGACAGGCAGUCAGGAUAGGCAAUGAUCAUUCUUUUAUAAGUUAACAGUAUCCUGGGAGACAGUCAGCAUGGUUUUAGGAAAGGGAGAUCAUGUCUAACUAACCGGCUUGACUUUUUUGAGGAUGCAACAUUGACAACGGAUAACUGCAAAGCAUAGGACAAAGUCCUGCAUAAAAGAUUAAUUCUUAAACUGAACGCAGUAAAGAUUCAAGAAAAUGCAUGCACAUAUGUUAGGGAGUGGUUAACAUGUAGAAAACAGAAAGUACUGAUUAGAGGAGAAACCUCAAAAUGGAGCAAGGUAACCAGUGGAGUACCACAGGGAUCAGUAUUAGAUCCUCUGCUAAUCCUAAUUUAAUGAUUUAGAUUCUGGUAUAGUAAGCAAACUUGUUAAAUUUGCAGACGACACAAAAAUAGGAGGAGUGGCAAACACUGUUGCAGCAGCAAAAGUCAUUCAAAAUGAUCUAGACAGCAUUCAGAAGUGGGCAGACACAUGGAAAAUGACAUUUAAUAGAGAAAAGUGUAAAGUACUGCACGCAGGCAAUACAAAUGUGCAUUAUAAAUGUCAUUCAAAAUGAUCUAGACAGCAUUCAAAACUGGGCAGACACAUGGCAAAUGACAUUUAAUAGAGAAACGUGUAAAGUAUUGCAUGCAGGCAAUAAAAUGUGCAUUAUAAAUAUCAUAUGGGAGAUACUGAAAUUGAAGAAGGGAACUAUGGGAAAGACCUAGGAGUUUAUGUUGACUCAGAAAUGUCUUCAUCUAGACAAUGUGGGAAAGCUAUAUAAAGGCCAACAAGAUGCUUGGAUAUAUUGUGAGAAUUGUUGAAUUUAAAUCAAGGGAAGUAAUUUUAAAACUUUACAAUGCAUUAGUAAGACCUCACCUAGAAUACUGUGUUCAAUUCUGGUCAUCUCGUUACAAAAAGGAUAUUGCUGCUCUAGAAAGAGUGCAAAGAAGAGCAACCAGAAUUAUCCCGGGUUUAAAAGGCAUGUUGUAUGCAGACAGGCUAAAAGAAUGGAAUCUAUUCAGUCUAGAACAAAGAAGACUACACAGCAAUCUGAUUCAAACAUUCAAAAUCCUAAAAGGUAUAGACAAUGUCGACCAGGGGAUUUUUUUGACCUGAAAAAAGAAACAAGGACCAGGGGUCACAAAUGGAGAUUAGAUAAAAGGGCAUUCAGAACAGAAAAUAGGAGGCACUUUUUUACACAGAGAAUUGUGAGGGUCUGGAACCAACUCCCCAGUAAUGUUGUUGAAGCUGACACCCUGGGAUUCUUCAAGAAGCUGCUUGAUGAGAUUCUGGGAUCAAUAAGCUACUAACAACCAAACGAGCAAGAUGGGCUGAAUGGCCUCCUCUCGUUUGUAAACUUUCUUAUGUUCUUAAAAGAGGACAAGCCCCCUCAGGGCUUACUGCUCGGUUUGUACAUCUGGUAUGUCAUUUUGUAUGAUGGCUGAAAGUCAUUGUCCUUUGAUCACUUCUUAUCUUUGCUGUAAAACAAAAUGUGAAUUUGAUGCUGUACCUCUCAUCAAAUGUAAAUAAAGAAUGUUGAUUUUGAUGAUGUGUAAGCUAAAUGUCUGUAUGGUUAUAAAAUCAGCAACUGUGACACUGGGGUUAAAAAAACAAAACUUGCAAUUGCUGGAAUAGCACAUUAACACUGUGUUAAGUAUUGUGUGUCAUGUGGGAAUGGUUCAAGGUGUUAAGUAGUGUGUGUCAUGUGGGAAUGGUUCAAGGUGUUAAGUAGUGUGUGUCAUGUGGGAAUUGUUCAAGGUGUUAAGUAGUGUGUGUCGUGGGAAUGGUUCAUGGAGUUAAGUAUUGUGUGUCAUGUGGAAAUGGUUCAAGUUUUGUAAAGCCUGUCCACUUGCAGUUCAUAGUUGUACAGUAUUAUCAAGUCUUUAUAAUUAUCUGGUGUUGUCAAAGCUGAAAACUGUGUAAGUACUUGCAAAACUGAUUUAUGUGUACCAUUAAAGGACA